CAUCUACGAAAUUACCCGACGUUUACCGAGCCGUCCGUCCAGCCGGACUGCUGGAAGCAGCCGCAACAACGCCAUGUUGAGUGAAGUCUCCCAUCUUUAUGAGAAAUUCCUACAAUGCGACUCGUUAAUGUGAUGUUACUACGCAAAGCGGAGCAAACAAACCCGGAGACGGUCAUCUAAGGAGGUAGAGAACAACAAUUCAACCGGGGAGAUCCAGGCUGGCUAAGGGGGAUACAACCCCCCUACCGUCCCCAUGUAUAGAGCAGCUACAACCCCCGACUUGAAAGAUAAAAUGACAUUUCUGCUACUAAAAGCCAGGUCUGAAUGAAAUCCAUGGCAUAAGGAUAUACACGCGUUCCGGCCUUCGUAGAGAGAAGAAACGGCCAGAUUUUGUUGGAACGUGCGACCGUUUUCAGCUGCGUAUUGUUUGUUUUGGUUUAAAUUUCUGCAAUGAGUUUGCCACAGAAAGUGGUUCCGAAACCGGCCGCUGUCGCUGUUAGUGGACACGUAACCGGACCGGCACCGCCAACGCAGCUCCGCGCAGCGCUGACCUCCGUGUCGUUGCCACCGGGAGCCCAAAACGCUCCUCCGCCGUCAGCCGUGCCGCCUACCCAGAUUCCUAGAGCAGCGCUAUCACUGGAUGAACGCAUGUUUCCCGCUCACUCUGGGGUGACGGCGGUCUACAGUGUAUCUAGACACCCUGGCCCUCCAUUCCCAGGUCAUGACCUCAGCAAAACCCACCCAAACCUGGCAGGGACCCCUCCUGGCCAUGCCACGUCCCCAGCCCUCUCUCAGGUAUCAGUUCCUGCUGGCCCCUCGUACCGCUUCCUUAAGUCCUGGGAUACAGGUGGAGCGCCUCCAUAUAACCCAGCUCAGAAUGCAGGCUCCGGCCCCCUGGUGUACUCGCCACAGACGCAGCCAAUGAACGUACAGCCACAGACUCGACCGUUUGUGACGGGACCUCGGCCAACACACCAUCAGUUCCUACACAGGACUCAAAUGCAGCCGGCGCGGCCCACCCUCCCGACUAACAACCCCUCCAUUCGGCCGGGCUCACAGACCCCCACGGCGACGGUUUAUCCCCCAAACCAGCCCAUCAUGAUGACCAUGACGCCCAUGCCAUUUGCUACCCAGACACACCAAUAUUACAUUCCCCAGUAUCGUCAUAGUGCACCUUAUGUGGGACCCCCGCAGCAGUAUGCCGUCCAGCCUCCCGGGUCUGGAACUUUCUACCCUGGACCCGGCCCUGGGGAAUACCCCACUCCUUAUGCUGCCGGACCGCCAUAUUACACUGGGCAGACGGUGUACCCACCCUCACCACCCAUCAUAGUGCCUGCACCAAUGCCACCUCCACCAACCAAGCGAGAAAAGAAACCAUCCUCCCAGAUCCGGAUCCGAGACCCCAACCAGGGUGGAAAGGACAUCACAGAGGAAAUCAUGUUUGGGAGCCGCAAUCCUACACCUCCUGCCGGACACCCAGCCUCCACCUUAACCCCACCUGCAGGGCGUCCCUCCUCGACUCCGACCCCACCCACAGGACGCCUGUCCUCCACACCCACUCCUCCACAGCGGCCCAGCAACUGUCAAACCCCAGAACAAAUGACAUAUGUCAACCAAACUCAGAGACUCUCAGAGAGCCCUGCGCCAAUGGAUGGCAAGCCCAGCUUAGCUAUAGACGACAGGCCAAAAAUGGAGUCUGGUCCCAUUAAGUCUAUAUCUCCUGGACCAAGACCUUCAGAAUCCUGUUUGGAGAAAAGAGAAAUCUCAAGUCUUCCAUUACUAGUCUCUUCUUCUCCAGAGGUGGAUGUUUCUUCCCAUCCUACAAGUGGCUGCAUCAAACCCACUGCUGCAGGAGAACCAGAAUUUAUUUCUUCUUCAGCCACCAAGGCUCAGACGUAUCAGGUCAUCUCCAGUGAGGAAUCUCUUCCUGAAGCUUCUCCCAGAUUGUCUGCUUCACCGUCCCUCAGAGUGGUAAAUGGUGUCAAUGAGCUUCAAACUCCCUCAAGCUAUGAAGAGCCUGAGGUCCAGGAAGCCCUAAAGAUGUCGUCGUCCUGCGAGAUUCAGGGUACAUCAUUCAUGGAGGAGUCUGGUCAGGAAGUUCCAGUGGCCUUGGAGGAGCUCCAGGCUGAGCACCUCCCUUCUCUAGCUGCACAUGUGCCCUUGAUCCCAGGCGUACAGGCCUCUUCAAUCACCUCCAGCACCAGUUCAGUUCUUGCGCCACCACCUGGGUUGGCACCAUUAGUGCAGUCGGUUGUACUUGAGGCGUCAGAGCAGAACAAGACUUUAGACGAUGUCCAGCUGAAAGCUCAAGAUGCUUCAGAAUCACAAACUCAAAACAACUCUAGAAAGUUCAUACCAGCCCAAGCUGUCACUGCUGUACCAAAGCCUUGGAAGAAACCAAACGACGAAGAUCUUAUGUUGGAAACGCAGAAGAAAGACAAUGAGGAGGAGACCUCAAAGGACUGCUCUGCUGGAGAUGAGAUGGUCUCACAGUCAAGCUUAGGGACAUACAGCAGCCCCUUUACAGUGCCUGAGCACCAGGAGAAGCACUCUGAGGAAAACGGUGAGACAGAGACCGAGCCUUUCAGGAACGGGGUGGAGACGGAGAGCACGGACAGUGGUGUGACGCUCGGGGACAGCAGGGGCUCCAUGUGUUCCCCCACUCCACUCAUACAGGAAGGUCUUGUGCAAUCUAAUGGAAAGAGACAGUAUGACCGGGACUUCCUGUUGGGCUUUCAGUUUAUGCCGGCCUGUGUGCAGAAGCCUGAGGGACUGCCUCCAAUCAGUGAUGUGGUGCUAGACAAGAUGAACCAAAACAAGCUGCCUCUGAGGUCUGUGGACCCCAGGUUGAUUUCCAGAGGGACUCCUCAGGAUUUCACUCCCGCUUUUGCCGACUUCAGCAGGCAGAUGGCAGGAGGACGUGGAGCCCCGCUUUUAAAUGUGCGACGACUCCCACCACGCAAGAUCAUCGUAAACCUGUCUGUCAAUGAUGACGUUCAGCUCAAGAAGGCUGAAAACGCUUGGAAACCUGGGAUGAAGAGAGAGGGUGUCCCAGAGGACCCAGAAACAAUCCGAACCCAGGAGUUGUUCCGGAAAGUUCGUAGCAUUUUGAACAAGCUCACGCCACAGAUGUUUCACCAGCUGAUGAAGCAGGUGACUGAUCUUACCAUCAACACAGAGGAGAGGCUUAAAGGAGUCAUCGAUCUUGUGUUUGAGAAGGCCAUCGAUGAGCCCAGCUUCUCUGUGGCCUAUGCCAACAUGUGUCGCUGCCUGGCCACGCUCAAAGUGCCCACAGCAGACAAACCGAAUACAACGGUGAACUUCCGGAAGCUCCUGUUGAACCGCUGUCAGAAGGAAUUCGAAAGGGACAAAGUGGACGACGUCGUCCUGGAGAGAAAACAAAAGGAGCUGGACUCUGCCACAUCACCCACAGAAAAGGAGAGACUGCAGGAGGAGCUGGAGGAGGCGAAGGACAAGGCCAGACGUCGCUCCACUGGAAAUAUCAAAUUCAUCGGCGAGCUGUUCAAGCUCAAGAUGUUGACAGAGCCCAUCAUGCAUGACUGCGUGGUGAAACUGCUCAAAAACCACGAUGAUGAGAGCUUGGAGUGCCUCUGCAGACUCCUCACCACCAUCGGCAAAGACCUGGACUUCGAGAAGGCCAAGCCCCGAAUGGACCAGUACUUCAACCAGAUGGAGAAAAUUGUCAAAGAGCGCAAGACCUCGUCUCGGAUACGGUUCAUGCUGCAGGAUGUGAUAGAUCUGAGACUGCAUAACUGGGUUUCUCGGAGAGCAGACCAGGGCCCUAAAACCAUCGAGCAGAUCCAUAAAGACGCCAAGCUGGAGGAGCAGGAGGAGCAGAGGAAAGUCCACCAGCAGCUUCUGUCUAAAGACAUGAAGAGGAGGCCAGAUCAGAGAGAACAGCGUUCACUGAGAGAGGAGACUUGGAACACUGUGCCCACUACCAAAAACAGCAGGACUAUUGACCCUACAAAGAUCCCAAAGAUCUCCAAGCCACAAAUCGAUGAAAAGAUUCAGCUGGGUCCGCGAGCUCAGAUCAACUGGGUAAAAGGCAGCAGUGGUGGAGCAAAAGCCAGCGACUCUGAGUUGACCCGCUCUGCCGGAAACACUCUGAACCGUUAUUCAGCACUACAGUCAACCACGUCUCAAUCCAGUCCAGCUCCAGCGCAAAUCUCUGAAUCUGAGUCCAGACGCUCGCUGGGAAGUCGAGGCAGUAUGGGUCGCGAGCGCAGUGAAAAGCCGGUGAGUUUGGGGCCAUCACGAUCGGGGCCUUUUAGCAGAGGUAGCAGCGCUAAGGAGCUAACAGAUAACAUGGUCCCAGAGGAGACACGAAGAGAAGGACAAGACUCACACCACACAUCUCGCAAAGCCAGCAUCUCAGAGGAGAAAUGUGAGACGGAGAACAGCAGAGCCGCAGAGUCAGUGAAAUCAGAGACGCUGCUGGUCAGCGGUGUUUCAGAGAAGCCUGUCCUGUCUGAGGAGGAGAUCGAGCGGAAGUCCAAAGCUAUCAUUGAUGAAUUUCUGCACAUUAAUGACUACAAGGAGGCAGUGCAGUGUGUGCUGGAGAUAGAGCAGCCCUCGCUGCUGUGUGUGUUUGUGCGCAUGGGUCUGGAGAGCACACUGGAGCGCAGUCAGAAAGCCAGAGAGCACAUAGGACUGCUCUACUAUCAGCUCAUACAGAAGGGCAUCUUACCCCAUUCUCAACUCUACAAAGGGUUUUCAGAGAUGUUGGAGCAGGCUGAUGACAUGGCCAUAGACAUUCCCUUCAUUUGGCUUUAUCUGGCUGAGCUGCUCAGUCCUCUGUUGAGAGAGGGAGGAAUCAACAUGAGAGAGCUGUUUAGUGAGUUAAGUAAACCGCUACUCCCUGUGGGAAGAGCUGCCAUCUUAUUUUCUGAAAUACUGCACCUACUAUGCAAACAAAUGAGCCAUAGGAAAGUUGGAGACUUGUGGAGAGAGUCUGGGCUGAACUGGGGCGACUUUCUGCCCGAGGGGGAACUUCUUCCUGACUUCAUCUCACAACAUAAGUUAGAGUUCACGGUGUCGGACGUCUCUCCUGUCUCUCCGGCCUCAGCUAAACCCAGCCUCAGUCCUGAGGAGCUCUUCAAACAGCUGGAGCAGCUUCUGCUAGAGGACAUGUCCAGCGACGAACAGAUCUUUGACUGGAUUGAGGCUAAUUUGGACGAAUCUCAGAUGAGUUCUUCACCAUUUUUAAGAGCUUUAAUGACGGCUAUAUGUAAAGCAGCAGUUAAAGAUGAAAGCACGUCCUGUCGAGUGGACACUGCUAUCAUCCAGAAACGCCUGCCUAUAUUACAUAAGUACUUCGACUCGGACACAGAGCGGCAGCUGCAAGCACUUUAUGCUCUUCAGUCUUUGAUUGUCGCCCUGGAUCAACCACCCAACCUACUCCGGAUGUUUUUCGAUUGUCUCUACGAUGAGGACGUCAUUUCAGAGGAUGCUUUCUAUCAAUGGGAGACAAGUAAAGACCCGGCGGAGCAGCAGGGAAAAGGCGUAGCGCUGAAGUCUGUAAAUGCUUUCUUCACCUGGUUACGUGAAGCCGAGGAAGAAUCUGAGGAUAAUUGACAUAAACUAGUGGCUGACGCUCAGAGGCCUCGUACUGAAACACAUAAUAAAUAAAUACCAUUCAGACUCUGUAAGUCUAGCCACAUGGGAACUUUGAAACGCUGGCCUAUUUGAGCUGGAACUCUCUACAACACGGAGGGAACACUAAAUAACUUGUAUUAUAUAUAUAGAAAAUAUUUUUGUUUUAAAGUUCGACUUUUUUCUUUUCUUUCUUUUGUUACUUUUAAAAGAAGAGACUUAAAUAGGUUCUCAGCUCUUUAAUUUAUUAUUUUUUUAAGAGACUGCAAAUACGGAGUUCUAUUUAACAUUUGCAGGCAAAAAGAACAUUGAUAGAAAUAACAGAAUAAACAGUGUAUCAUAACAGUAAUAUUAAUUUUGUUUUAAUGUGUCAGCAGCCUCCCUGGACUCAUGUGAUUCACCUUAAAACAGGGUAAAUUUUCCCCCUUUUCCCCAGUUCAACAAAAAAAAAAAAAAACUGCAUAAAGGGAUGGAGACUGUUAAUGUUGUCGAUGUUUCAGGCUGUUCAGAGAAAACAUCCGCCCCUGGUUCUUCUGCUUUGACUUUUUGCUCAAUGAAUUUUCCCAAAUAACACGACAAACACAAUAAAGAGUUAAUAUGCAUCCUGAACGGAAUGAAAAUAAUCCAGACAUCAACUUCAAAUACCUGUAUGCAUUGAAGGUGAAGUGCAAGUCAGAACAUUGUCAGGAUUGCUUGGUGUUCUUGUAAUGAAGACCUGCAGAGGACGUGUAAAACUUGUAAAUACAUUAAAGAGACAAAAAAUGAGAUUUAAAAAUGAA